AUGAAGUCCCAACCGCAAACUACGUUAAAGCUCAUCGACAAAGUCACGCCUCCAGCGACUACCGUUCUACAAAAAGCCUAUGAUACGGUAAUGAAAGAUAUCAAAACGGCUAAGAAAAACAAAAAGACGAAAGCUCAAGUCUUGGAUAAAGGAUUCACUACUGCCACCGCAGUGAUGACAAAAGCGCUAAUAGAACAAUUUUGCAAAAAGCUCUAUGACAAAGUCACAAAGCUUGAAUGGGAUUGUUUCAAAACACACACAAAGGAUCUCAUCAACUUCGGCAACUACAAUUGUUCGACCUGGCAAAAGAAGAAAUGA